AUGUGUACCAUAAUUUUUUGGCAAUAUGGACAUGAAAUCUGGCAGGGUGACUUAAACAGACUGUCAAAAGGUCAUUGGUUGGAUGACAGCCUUGUUUAUGUUGCAAUAAGACAUCAUCAAGAGACGUAUGCAACAGAAGAGAUUUACACAUUUGAUCCAGUCUUCAGCAGGAAGCUGUUAGCCAAAGAAAAUUGUCCUGAUGAUGGUUCUAGGCUGAUCCUACAUUCCUGCAAUAUAGACCUUGUGAAUGCAUAUAGCAGAAGAAUAGCUUUUGAAGAGAAGAGGUUAAUACUGAUCCCAAUAUGUGACAAUACACACUGGAUUCUGGAUUCCUUUUGCCCAAAGACUUUCACUGUAACCAUUAUGUGUUCAAUGGGAGGUUGCUGUAAAAAACAGCACAAUCACUUGGAAGGUAAAAAUAAAUAA